CAACUCAAUCAUGAAACCUAGUUUCUGAGGUCUUAUGCUCGCUGACCAGUUUCUUUUGCUAAUCACUAAGCUGCUUAUUCUCAGGAACUGAAUUCAACAACAAAAGAAAAAAAAUAUAUUAUUGUUUUCAGAGCAAAUUUAGUAUAAAUUCAUUCUGAUUUUCCUGUAAUAUGCUUUUCUGUACUAAAGACAUUACUCCACCAAGUAGUUAUUACUACCACAAUAUUUUAUAACUAUAAUCAUGUCUUCAAAUAAUCAAGAAUCAAGUAUAUAUCCCAAGUCAAAUUCGAAUUCAAACUCUGAACUCAAUUCCCAGUCUGAAAUCCAGCUCUAUAAUCCUGUGCUAGACAAUGAGGAUGCUCAAUCAGAAUUGUCUAAUAUCAACUCAAGAACCUCGUCGAUCAACAAAUACCAAACCAAUCCUGGUGAUAGGAUAAAACUUAUGAAAACAGAAACCGUUAAAACUUUGGCUCAGAUUGGUGUCACUUCUAUUACUCCAGUGCCUGAUGUCAAUGCUCCAACUAGUCUCAGAAAUCCUAUUUUUCCUGAAGAAUAUACUUUGGAAACAGAAACCGGCUUAGUUCCUGUCGUGACUUUGACCUCCAUAGGUAGAAUAAAUGUUAAUCAAUUGAACAAAAACAUCUCCAGAACCAGAACUGGAACAAGAGCAAGAGCAAAUUCUGGUUUUACAAACCAACCAUAUUUUCCUACUUAUCAUGAAUACGCCGAAAAAACUCAUUCAAAGACAUCUUCAACAAAACAUUCAUUGAAGAUUCCAUCAAAGGUCCCAACAAAUAUACCAGCUACUGCUUUAGAAAGUGAUAAUGAAGAAGAAAAACCAUCAAUUGAUCAUGAACGAAACGAUUCCAAUCCAGAUGAAACUCCAGAGAUUGACCCAGAGGUUGAAUUUGUCACAUUUGUGAUAAAUGAUUCAGAGAAUCCACAUAAUUGGUCACUUUUUUCCAGGUGGUGUUACACUUUAAUAUUCUCUGUUGCUGUCAUUUCUGUCGCCUUUGGAUCUGCUUGCACAUCUGGUGGACUUCUCUUAGUUAAUGAAAAAUACAAUGUUUCAACAGAAGUUUCUAUCUUAACCGUUUCUCUUAUGGUUCUAGGUUUUGCUUUUGGUCCUUUAAUAUGGUCUCCUUUAUCUGAAAAAAUUGGUAGAAAAUGGGUAUAUUUUAUCUCCUUGGGUUUGUAUACUAUAUUCAAUAUUCCCUGUGCUUUGUCUCCUAAUAUAGGAGGUUUGUUAGUUUGCAGGUUUUUAUGUGGUGUUUUCUCCUCUUCAGCUUUAUGUUUAGCCGGUGCCUCUAUUGCUGAUAUGUUUCCAACUGCCUCAAGAGGUUUGGCAAUUGCUUAUUUUGCUUUCUCUCCAUACUCUGGUGCCUGUUUUGGGCCUUUAGUUUCUGGUUGGAUUGCUGUUGGUUCUGGCAGAUUAGAAUUAUUUUUUUGGGUUAACAUGGCUUUUGCUGGUGUUCUUUGGAUUGUUUCUUCUUUAAUUCCUGAAACUUAUGCUCCUGUUAUCUUAAAAAAAAGAGCACAGAGGUUAAGAGAAGAAACUAAUAACCCCAAAAUCAUGACUGAACAAGAAGCUCAAGGUUUAUCCUUAAAGGAAAUUAUUAAAACCUGCUUAAUACGUCCUUUAUAUUUCACAAUAACCGAACCUGUCUUGGAUUUGAUGUGUUUUUACGUCUGCUUAAUUUAUUCAUUAUUAUACGCCUUUUUCUUUGCUUAUCCUGUUAUCUUUGGUGAACUAUAUGGUUACAAUGAUGGUCAAAUUGGUUUAAUGUUCAUUCCAAUUUUAAUUGGUGCAGGUUUUGCUUUAUUAACCACACCAAUUUUGGAAAAAUUCUACAUGAAAACAUCCAAAGUUAGAAUCAUGACUCCAGAAGAUCGUUUGGUUGGUGCAAUGGUUGGUUCUCCAUUUCCAGCUAUUGCCUUGUUUAUACUAGGUGCAACUUCUUUCAAACAUAUUAUUUGGGUUGGUCCUGCUUCUUCAGGUAUUGCUUUUGGUUAUGGUAUGGUCUUGAUAUAUUAUUCAAUCAACAACUAUAUCAUUGAUACAUAUUCAUUAUACUCAGCCAGUGCAUUGGCUACAAAAGUCUUCUUGCGUUCUGCUGGUGGUGCUGCUUUCCCAUUAUUCACAACUCAAAUGUAUAAUGGUUUAGGCUUACAAUGGGCAAGUUGGCUAUUAGCUUUUGUUUCAACUGCAAUGAUUUUAAUUCCCUUUGUGUUUCACAGAUAUGGUGCCAAAUUAAGAGAAAAAUUAUGUAAAGAAAAUUACUCCAUACAACAAUAAUAGUUUCAAUUAUCUAUAUUCUUUAAAAAUUUAUAAACUCGUC